AUGCCGGUCACCCUUGAGGCGAUCGACAUCUCAUUGCCCUUUAUUUUGUCGGCAUGGCCGCCGUCGGCAUCAUCUUCUGGGCUCGCGGCGGCGGCGAUGGCGGUGGGCAGGACGAAGCAGAAUCUUUCUUCCUCGCUCGCGGGCCGCAGUAUGCGCUGGCCAGCGGUAGGGCUUUCGCUCUUUGUCUCCAACGUAGGGUCGGAGCACCUCCUGGGGCUCGCGGGCUCGGCAUCCGCCACCGGAGUCGCUUGUGCCUAUUUUGAGUGGUCGGCCGCGCUCCACCUUCUUCUGCUCGGCUGGCUAUUUGCUCCGGUCUACUCAUAA